GCUGCUGAUGGAGGAGGAGGAGGAGGAGGAGGCGGGAUGGAGCCGCACUCGGGGCCGUAAAGAACCGCCCGUGUCUGCACCACCGGCAUCAGCAGUGUUUAUAAAGGCGCUUUGUGCAUCGCUAAUCCGCUCUGAUGUCACGGUGCAGAAGGAGGGGCUGAGCUCUCCGCUUUAAUCCCAGCAAGUUGUCAGGAGGGACAAACCGAGCCGAGCCAGGCGAGAGCGCACAGGGACAGGGGCGAUGUGUACUCCAGCAGCCGGAGCCGGGCCUGUCCUCCACUGACAUGCAGAUAUCUAGAAAAAUCAUCGUUUCCCUGGAGACACGAUGAGCAUGUUUUGAAAACUGGAGUCAAAUCACACCCCAGCCAUGAGCCACAAGUAUCAGGGAGAGGUGACGGGCAAAGCAGGCGAGGACCACAAGGCGGCGCCGAUACCCCAGAGGAGCAGGCAGCCCCACGGGACCUCCGCCGAUCCUCCUGUACGUCGGUCCUGGAGGCCGUGUCAGAUGCUCAACCAGGACGGGGAACUGGAUCCCCAUCAUCACCCCCAUCAUCACCAUCAUCACCCUCCUCACCACCACCACCAUGGACGUGGACCCCCUCGGCACCGCAGGCGGCCUCCAUCGGGUCAGGGCCACAGCCAGGCUCAGAGUCCUGGUGCGGGUCCAGCGGCGGUGGUUCCAUCGAGGCCAGACGGAGGCGAGAGUCCGGACGCUCAACCUCGUCCCGUCCAGCAGCACCGCCCUGCUGUCACCCGCUACCGUCGCCAUGGUGACCCUAACCCAAGACUUAGAAGUCACCGACAGCGGCAACCAUUCAGAGAGGUCCACGACUCUUCACCUGGUGUGGAGGACAGAGAAGGCCCAGCAGAGGUGCAGCAGCACUCAUCAGCCGAUUCUGUAGUGGAUCGAUCACAAGGGACGGGAUCUCCUCACCAGACUCCUGUUGCUGUUGUUACCCCGACUCCCCUCUCGCCUGCUACCACAACCAACAACGAUCAGCUUCACCCCCAACAUGAUGCUCCUGCUGCAGAAGAAGACCUUCAGGAGCAUGAAGUGGAGCAUGAAGAGAAAGCUGAGAAAGUUAAAGAAGAUGUGGAACAAGAGCAGGUGGUGGAUGAUGCAGAUUGUUCAGCCGUAGAUCCUUCCAGCUGCAACCGUGAUGACGAAGCAGAAGAAUUUGCCGAAAAGGUGGAGGAGGAUCAGCAGGAAGUGAGGGACAACGUGGAGGAGGAUCAGGAAGAAGUGAUGGACAACGUGGAGGAGGAUCUGGAAGAGGUGAGGGAUAACGUGGGGGAGGAUCCUGCAGCUCAGGGAAGCGAAAUCACAGAUCUCUGCUCUGACACAGAGAGCGCCGCCUCGCUCAGCAUGGACGGACCUCUCCACAGCCCGCCGCCGCUCCAGUCACCGACUCCUCCUUCCUCCCCAGAUGUUCCACCGUUCCCACAGCUGGACCACUUCAGCGAGGAGCCCAGCAUGAGCCCCAUACCCGACAACGACCUGCUACCCGAAGAAGAAGAAGAAGAUGAAGAAGAGGAAGACGAGGAUUGCUCUGAAUCGUGCUCGCUGUCCCACUCUACUUCCUGCUCUGAAUCUUAUCCAAAAACCUAUGCAGACUUUUAUACAGAGUCCCACCAAAAGUCUUACUCAGAGCCGGUUUACGAGUCGUACUCAGAGCCGAAAUCACAUCCCAACUCUUUCCCCGAACCCUUGAAGACCUCCUACCCCGAGCUGUACAGGGAACCUCGCAGGCAAUCUGGUCGGAGGUCCGAGGCCCAGCAGGAGCCCCCUACCAGCUGUAGACAGGAGAAUGUACAUAAAGGGGCUCCACACUCCCCCAACAAGGGCUCCCAUCAUGCCCCAAGGCAGGGCAGGGACCGCGGGUCGCAUCACUCCCCUCUGGACCGCUCUGUCGGCUGCCGGCUGCACCACUACGACGGUCAGUCAGACGGCGAGGGGAACAGUGCCGAUCAAAGCCCCGUUCCCAAAAGUCGAAGGCAGGCACCGAGGCAAACGGAAACCCAAGCCAGGACCCCGACGUCUGGGCAGAGCAGCUCAGGUGAGGCCCACGAUGAGCGACACGUGGUGGGUUUCUCUGGAGAGGAAGGUCCGAAGGGCUCAGGAGAUGCCAUCAGCCUGGCGAUUAAAGACAUCAAGGAGGCGAUAGAAGGGGUGAAGACGAAGACGGUGCGCUCUCCUUACACACCGGACCAGCCUGUGGAGCCAAUCUGGGUGAUGAGGCAGGAGGUCAGCCCCACGGAGGAUAUAUACCCUCUGCAAUCUCCAACCGACCAUUCUUCUCCUCACUCCCCCUCCCAGUCAGCUUCCGAGUCUCCGUCCCGCUACGCCUCCCAGCCGGUUCGGGAUCCGGUCAGUCCUCUGAGAGCCGAGUCCUCCAGAGCUCCAAACCAUCAACAUUAUCACCAACAACAGCCCCAACACAACCACCACCACCACCACCAGGGCCACCAGUCGCAGCAGAGGGAGGUCGCCAGGCCGCCGCAGACGUAUACUCAGCAGCAGCCGUAUCCACACCUGCCACCGAAUCAGCAUCCACAGUGUCAACAUCAGCAACAGCAGCACCAACAGCAGCACCAACAGCAGCACCAACAGCAGCAGCAGCAGCAUCUUCCCCCUCAGCAGCAGCCGCGAACACAAGUUCAGCCACAGUCACCUCCUCAGAAACCGACUGUCCAGGAGAUUCGCAGAUCUCUUCCCCCCUUUCCCACUUUUGUUGACGUGCCGGGGCCAUGUGACCCAGAGGACCUGAUCGACGGCAUCAUCUUUGCAGCGACAUACCUGGGCUGCACCCACCUGCUGUCGGAGAGGACACCCACGAAGAGCGCCCGCAUGCAGCAGGCUCAAGAGGCCAUGAGCCGAGUCCGGGCGGCUCAGAAACAGGCAAAGAACAGGAAAAAGAGCCCCGACAGCGAGGCUCCGUCCACCGCUGAGGUUGAUCUGUUCAUGUCCACGCAGAGGAUCAAAGUCCUCAAUGCCGACACUCAGGAGUCUCUGAUGGACCUGCCGCUGAGGACAAUCUCCUACAUCGCCGACAUUGGCAACAUGGUGGUCCUGAUGGCCCGGGGGAAGAUGGUCCGGUCCCGCAGUGCCCAGGAGAACCUGGACCACACAGCAGAGCAGACCACCAUGAACCACGACGACAGGAGGCUGUACAGGAUGAUCUGCCACGUGUUCGAGUCCGAGGAUGCCCAGCUCAUCGCUCAGUCCAUCGGCCAGUCGUUCAGUGUCGCCUACCAGGAGUUCCUCCGAGCCAACGGCAUCGACCCCGAGGACCUGAGCCAGAGGGAGUACAGCGACCUGCUCAACACUCAGGACAUGUACAACGACGACCUCAUCCACUUCUCCAAGUCCGAGAACUGCAGAGACGUUUACAUCGAGAAGCAGAAAGGUGAGAUCCUGGGCGUGGUGAUCGUGGAGUCCGGCUGGGGCUCCAUCCUUCCCACCGUCAUCAUCGCCAGCAUGAUGCACGCCGGCCCGGCAGAGAAGUCCGGUCGGCUCAACAUCGGAGAUCAGAUCAUGACCAUAAACGGGACGAGUCUGGUGGGUUUACCGCUGAGCACCUGCCAGAGCAUCAUCAAGGGUCUCAAGUCUCAGUCCAGGAUCAAGAUGAACAUCGUCAGGUGUCCUCCUGUUACCAUGGUGCUCAUCCGCAGGCCGGACCUCCGAUACCAGCUGGGCUUCAGCGUCCAGAACGGCAUCAUCUGCAGCCUGAUGAGAGGAGGAAUCGCUGAGAGAGGAGGCGUUCGCGUCGGCCACCGAAUCAUCGAGAUCAACAGCCAGAGCGUCGUGGCGACUCCUCAUGAGAAAAUCGUCCAGAUCCUGUCCAACGCCAUGGGAGAGAUCCACAUGAAGACGAUGCCUGCAGCCAUGUACCGUCUGCUGACAGCGCAGGAGCAACCGGUUUACAUCUGAACACAAACUUUUCUCUCUUCGCACCACAUCUGUCCCGUCGUUUUCAGCCCUCCUCCUCCUCAUUUAUAUCACUUGACUUGCCUUAAUCUGUACAGUCGACUGUCCGCCGUGCGACAGCAGAAGGCAGAUUAUCUCACUGUAGGCCAAGUGUUCAUGUGACGUUUUCUGUUCAACCAAAGAAAAGAAUUUAGUGGAUUUUAUUGUGUAUAUUUAGGUGGAAAAAUAUUACCUUUUGGUUAAAAAAAAAAAAAAAAAAAUAGCUGUAAUUUCUGAAUGUACUCGAAUCAUGUUGGACCUAUAAAUUAUCAGGGUGACGGAGAAGUUAAAGGGGAAUGCAUGUACAAAUUCUGCUGAAUAAACUCUAAGAAACAAAAGAC